CAGCUUGCCUUUCGGCUCUGUGUGUCAGAGCUCUAGCAGCCUCCCCUGCUUCUCUCAGGGCAGGAAAGAUGCCCUCCUCGCCUUGAGGGGCUACCGGUGUCCCCGCUCCUGUCCCCGCUCCAUCGGCCUCAGGACCGGCGGCAGGGGCGGUGAUGCGGCCGCCCCGCGGAGGAGGCUUGAGCGCGGCGUUGCCAUAGCGACCCACACCGCGCUCCCUAGAUAAGGCGGGCGGCAGCGGCCACGGCGGCCCCAGCCCGGAGAGGUCCCGCUGCAGCCAGCCCCGACCGCGCCUAGCUUCAAAAGGGAAGAAAAGCCCAUUUCAAUGAUGGCAACAGAAUGUGUUCAGCCACUCGAUAUCCCAGAAGACAGACUGGACAAGCGAGAUUCACACUGUAACCAUUUAGAAGAUCUUUCAGAGCAGCUGAUUCAGAGCUGUGACCUCAAAAAGAAACCAAGAAAAGGUAAAACCAUCCUGGCUUCCCAAAACACUGAACAGGACCAAAAAAAGCCAAGGAGAAAAGAUACACCGGCUUUGCACACCCCACCUCCGCUAACAGGCAUACUUUCAGACUUUUCUGAUAGUCUGCUGAAAAGAUAUGGUAUCACAGAGAAGCCACAGAGAGAGAGAGUGAAUCCAGGCUCUCAGAUCACUGAACUGGAGCAGAAAAAGCCCAGGAGAAAAGAUACGCCUGCAAUACACAUCCCACCUUUGAUUAUAGGCACUAAGCUGCUUACGGAAGAAAAGCAAACAGUGAUCAUGGAAGAUGAAGAAAAAGAUGGAGACGCAAUUCCAAGUUAAGAUUACAGUGAUAUUUCCAAUAACGCAGUGUAAAUAAUUCUGGGUCAUUCAAAGUGGCAGCACAUAGAAAGUAAAAAAAAAAGUCCUUUCAUUUUUACAAAUACUAAUUUUCUCAAGCAUGCACUUGAAUUUAAAUUAUCUUCAAGUGCUUAUCUACAUUUCAUGAAAUCCCAGCAAGCAUCAUAGGAGAUGAUGACAGAAAUUUCACUCACAUGCAGAAGGAUUCUCUCAGUUUGCUAAAACUGGCUUCCCAGGAUUUUUAUCACUGAAGAAUCCACCUCAGAUCAGAACUAGCUUUGUGCAUGGUGAUAAGGGUUAAUACAAAGGAACACCACAAAUCGAGUGUACCUCGCACUAGAUACUAGAGCGGCUGGUAGCACAGAGCAGUAAAACAUCAGCUAGUGAUUCAACUAGCAUUUUUCUCCUGAUAAGUUCACCUCAUUUGUCCAGCUUUCCUCUGCUGGAAUAUCAUUGACCACAGUGAAAAUUCCCACAUGCAAAGCUGAUGGGAUAGAUGGAGAAGGCAGGAAUCAAAGCUAGAAUCCCUGAAAGGCAAAGCACACACUUCUGCCUGUAUCUGCUUGUGACUUGUGUUUGUGAGCAGGAAAGGGUAGAUUUACCAUAGCAUGAAAACAUACAGCUAAGGGCUGUCAGCACUGACACAUCAAACAGGACAGAGGGCAGAGCUCUCAGAAGAGAAACAUAUGGGACAUGCAAUGCCUGCCAGUUACACCAGUGUAGACUACUGUGGGUUUUUUCUCUCUCAAAGUUUUUAUUCCUGUGUUAGUGGGAGAUAAACUAGUACUCCAUGGUUUUUUCACUCCAUAUUUUUUCUUUUAACAUCUGCUUUUUAACUAAGUCCUAGGUUGUCAGUCGGGAGAUUAAGAAAAUCUCCUAACUGACAAAAAUUAAAGAUUAAAAAUCACAGCAGGAGAGUAAAAAAUGAGUAAAAAGAGUAGUGUUACUCAAUGGCAUACACAUAUUGCAAGGUGGAAGAGCACCAUGCUUUUUUUUAACAGGUUACCUCAUUGAUUCAAUCAAGAAUUGUUUUCACAGCCAGCUACAGCCUUCCGCAUUUGUACAAACAGAGACAGGUACUUGUAGAAUAUUACACAAAAUAGGUAGAACUGGGUAAUUUUGUGCUUACCUUAAUAGCUCUGUGCGCUAGAUGGGGCAGCACUGCUGGCUGGACCCUUAGGGACCUCAACAGGGAGGUUAAAGAUUAUCUAUCUAGCCUGGCACACCGAAUUUAGUUAUCUUCCUAACAUCCGUAGGCAGACAGCUAAGGAGAACACUAGUUUGGACUUCAUCUGCCACAGUGACUGACCCAGCAUCUUUCAUGAGCACGCAGUCCAUUCACAGGUAUUCAGCUUCAAGAUGUAAUCGAUGAGCUUAUAAUAAAUAAUCGUGUAUUAAAGCCUACAAGAGGCCAGCUAUAUUAUUGAUGGGAUUCCUGACACCUAGGAGAGGUAUUUUUUGGUUUACCCUGUUAAUCAAUCAGCAAGAUGAACUAAUAUUUUAAAAAUAAUCAAUAGUUCAUAUAACAACAUACAUGUCAGGUUCACAGUAAAGGAUGUCGCAGCAAGUACACAACAAGAAAUACACACAAUUCGAGCCAAGCUUUACCAGUGAAGUUGGUGAACAUUUUCAGUGCACAAUACAGCAAGAGUGAGAGCAUGGAGUCCCAAAAAGAUUCAAAUGGACAUCAGCAGUGGAUUAGCUGAGAAAAUGUAUGUGUUGUUUAGAUAUGAAGGCCCUUAACAACACAAAGCAGGAGCACAAAUAGGAUGUGACUGACUUUUCUGCUCUGAAGAAGAUUUGUUUCCAAGCCUGGGGAAUGCUGACACAGCUUAAUAUGAAAUAAAAAGAGCCCCCUUUAAGCCUAGCACUAUAUGUUCUUUGCCAAAGAGGAGUUAUGGUCCCAGUGACAUCUCUGACGGCACAGCAGCCUAAUUUACCGUCCCUGCGUAGAUCAACUUGAAGCCCAGCCAUAAAAAAUGCUGCAACAUACAUCAUUUGCUGCAGUUCAUUUAAAAUCGCAUAUUCAUAGCCUGGUAAUUCAGCAUUUACUGUUUUUUCACCCAGGAGCAACAUGAGCUACUAAAAAGUAAUUUUUCACUUGAUCAAUUAAGUAAAUAGGGGUUUCUGCAAUGUUCCUGGGAAGUAGUGUGAAGAAUCGUUUCUCAAAGCUUUCACCUGCCUCACUGCACUCAGUGAAAGUGUUAGAUGUUACUUUAUUUGGGAAUCAAAUAUGGGUUUUUUCGAAUUAGAUUCACAUUGCCCCUUCCCCCAGAACAAAGCCUUUAGGUGUUGAAGAAGCGUGCAUGGAUUGUACAAUGGCCUGAAUGUUGUUUACUGGGUUUAUUUAUUGCCGUUCAGGCUCUGAACUCUCCCUUUAAGACCAGACAGUGCUAAAACUGCACAGAUUGCUCUCCUAGGCAAAUGGCUGCAGUUGGUGUGUUCUGGGGCAGAAAUGCUUUUGUAUCCAGUGUCCCCAAGGGUCACCCAUGGCCAUUACCGCAAAAUCAGAAGGAAACAGAAAGCACAGAAAUAAGCUAAGCCUUUCCAAGGCACUCCUAGGACUGGGGUGCUCCAGACUGAAGUCGUUUACAUUGCCUGCACAUAGGCAUGGGCUGCUUAAAGGCCCGAGUAGCUGGAUUGCAUUCAGAUAUUUAGCUGGAACUGCAUCUCCCCCCAGAAGUCCGCACUGGCCAGGACAACCAUUCCAAGGCCUCAGAGGGAAUGAAGUGCUUCAGUCAGUGGGUAAAAUACCAACUGCAGUCAGGAGGCUGUAAAUGGAUAAUAGUUUUGCAGGGAAUUCUCAAUUAACCUCUACCUAGAAACUAAGGGACAGGUCUCCAUUUACAAUAGAGUUGGGACAAAGCAAUGUAAUGGCCUUGCACCUCAGCAACUGUCAACAAAGGAUUGAAGAAAGCCUGUCACCCAACUGAAGAGGAUGUAUUUCUGUAGUGAUAAACAGGAGGUGCAGAGGUUAGGUAGUUUGCCCAGCUAAACUUCAGCAGAAACAAAUCCAAAGCAACAUUCAUGAUGCUAUCACUAACUCACACUAUUCACAGCUAAAGCAGCAUUUGCAUGCAUCUUCUUUAGCAA